AUGUCAGACCAUCUACACCGAGGCCUCUUCGCUUCUGUACUCGGCGAAUUGAUCGUGCUCAAUCAGAGCUCGUGCCACCCUAAUCUACCGGGAUACGAGGGUCAAGGCCUCUGUUGUAACCGCCCGUGGGCGUACCAGGAUGUCGGGUCGGAAACCGGCAGCCCGAGAUUGACUGCCGGCUCAAUCCUAGAAUGCCAUGAGUACUCCCACGACCUUCCGCUCGACCGAUCAAACUCACUGGCCCGCGCAAUCCUGAGAGAAUGGCGUGAGACCGUUGCCUAUCUAGCGUCACAUAUUGCCCCUGGCAGACUGGAGCUCUCCUUGGUAUGCGAUCUCCACCGCGGGGAGGUGGAACUAGCCAGACUCGUCGUAGACGGUCUUUGUACGCUCCCGCGCUUGAGAGACUGCCACCUUCGGCUGUGCGAACCGCGCGACUCUCGGCUGCAGCAACUUGCCUACGAGGCUGUACUGAAAGUUCGGGCUCUUGGGUCCGUCAAGCACCACCGGUCGUCAGAGCGCACCGGCUCCGGUCCCCUCGCCCUCCCGCGCGAGCUAUUAAGGCUUCGGAUCUUGGAGUAUUAUACCGACCUGGUCACCCCCGACAAGGAGGUCUUGUGUGCCGGGAAGAGUGUGCAUUUUUCACCUGCUGGAAACGACCAUAGAUUAACCCGUCCAGUGGCUGCUUCUGCAGCCGCAGGCACACGGCGUUUUCAUCUCGUUGCCCCGCCGACUCCUUUUUUCCUCGCGUGCCGGGCUCUCUAUGAAGACGCGAACCUGGUCUUCUACAAUCAGAACCGCUUCAUCAUCGUCGACAACCCACUCGAUGACCCGUUCGCGUCACGAGAACGGGGCGACUACAAACGCGUCCUUUGCGGCCAGCCAGUUCUUGAGGCAAGUCGUGCCCCGUCACUGUCUCGGAUACCUCCUACUCCUCGAGCUGGUGUUUGCCCCUUUUACUCCGUGAGCCGGCCGUGGGACGGGCAUCCUGCGCUGCAGGACUGGGACGAUACCGUAGAGUGGGUCAAGGACAAGCUCAACUUGCCAGCCUUGAUCCUCCGGUUGGUGGUGGCCGGUCACCCUUGGCACGGGCCCGAAAACAGCUAUAAAAUAACCCGGGCCGAUGGCAAAGAGGUAUUGGCGACGUACAACCAUAUGUUGCAUCCCCUGCAGCGCCUCAAUCCCGCUACGGGCCAGGGACUGGCACGUUCCUAUGCCCAUCUGCCAUGGUCCUUAACAUGGUCGCAUUGGGCACAUGAGCAGCAGCUUAAUGGGAGGUCUUCAGAUUGGUUAGAAUCCAAGGACCGUGAACUCAAGAAACGCGCCGAGUGUAUAGCUGAAGCAGAAUGUGUGAUUCGUUCAGGGGCCCGCAAUCGCCUGGUUGCUCGUUCAUAG